CAUUCAGAAAACGGUCGUGCAAAGCAGCAGCAGCAACAGCAGCAGCACCGAGAUCAGUCGCGGGACCAUCGUUGUGCUUCAACGCGAGUGUGUUUUGUUGUUUGUCAGUUGGCAGCUUGCGUUGGGGUGUGCGCGCGCGCGCCCUUUACUCCUAGUGCGUUCUCGUGCGUAAUUCAUAAACAAUAUUCCGUGUGAACCAAGCCGCACCGCUCGCCACCAAGCCCCGUGCACACUUCGUAAGAUAGUUAAUCGCUAAUCGCGGGCGGCUACCCCUUUAUCAACGCAGCUGCGCUUCGCCAAUCGCUUGAUCAGAACUGUUGUGUUGCGAAUAUUAUAGAUAAAACAAGGUCCCCCAUCCCCGCUCACCCGGGUGUACCGUAAAAUGCAGUUCGCAGUAACGCCACGAAACGAGGGGCUACCACCACCGCCGCCUCCCCCAAAGCCAACCAAACAGAUUGCUGGCGAAUCGAUGGGAACGACAAGCGCGAGAAUCCCGGCACCGAUGGCAGGUAGUUGGGAGCAAAACGGCACUAAGGACAACGGUACGGUCGCAGUAGCGCACCGGACGCUGGACGAAGAACAGGUUGUGAUGACACCGCUGGGAAAGACGAAUACCUCCACGGUCCUGAUGAUCGAGCGUAAGCUCGUGCAGGCCGUCGGCGAUCGGACGCACGUGGCUGGCGGCGAUCAUCGCGGAAUCAUCAUCAACAAGGAUACGACGGGCGCGGCCGCAGGUAAAGCGGCCAGCGCACGAGAACCGGCGCAUCUGAUGUUGGAGUUUCGCGUGUUUCUCGUCAGCGCCAACACCGGGCAGCACACGCAGGAAUCGCGCCGUAUCAAGUUUUGGUUCCGACCAUGGCUAAGCUCGGACGAGGAACAGGCCCAAGUAGCGCAGGACUUUUUCCGCGAGCUCGUCAGUCCGAAGGAGUUCCCCAGAGAUUAUGUUGGAUUCAUUAAAAAGCUCAUGAAACUGCUGCAAAAGGGUUACAACGAGGUGCAGGCGAUCGAAGUGGAGCUGAGAAUGUUGGAGCAGACGUCGGCUCCCCCGUCAAGACCACCUCGUCCCGGUCACGUGAUCUUUUGCUAUGGUAACUGCCACAGACUCGAUAGAAAUAAUAACAAAGACGGGACCAACAUUAGUGUCGACGUCGGUCGGGUCGAUGGUGAUGAUUUUGGUGACGGUAGUGGUGGUGAUGGUGGUGGUGGUGGUGGUGGUGGUGAAGAUCCUUCUAGUGGCAACAGCAUACACGUUACCCCUGCUCACGAUUAUCAACAACGCCAGCAGCAGCAGCAUCAGCAAUGCCACCAGAACGAAGACGACCAUAAUAUGAUAGGAGUGUCAUACGAGGAUAUGCAGUUUGAGGUGGUACCGCUGACGCCGGUUAAAAUCUUAGAGCUAAUCGAACAGGCCUACCCGAACCCUAUUACGCCGGAAGAUUUGGCAAAGGAUUACGGCUGGGAUGAGGCGGAAGUACUAGAAAUCAUCCUGCUGUUGAAGGAACGUGGGCUGAUUAAAUCGAUGGAAUACAACUCAUACACUCGCAUACACCAUGACGACCAGGAAAUCAAAAUCGUCAAGCAAAUGCCAACGAUCACCUCUAAUAACCAACCAACGAUUGCCAUCAUCACGGCACAGUAUUGCGAGAAAUUGGCGGUCGAUGCGAUGAUAGAAAACAAGGAAACGUUCGUGCGCUACACAACUGUUGGCCAUAGUCCCGAAAAGUCAAUUAACGGUCAGGAGCAGCAAAGACGAAGAAUGAAUCGGUUUGGUGAAUCUAAUGUGUACACGCUCGGCAGCAUUGGGGCACAUCGAAUCGUGAGCACUAAGUUACCGUCGGUUGGAAGCACUCGAGAGGCUAUGACGGCUGCUGGUAAUACGACAACGCGUCUGCUGGGUACAUUCCAGAAGGUAGACUACGUGUUCAUCGUAGGGGUAGCGGGAGGUGUCCCGCAUUAUACGGACUACCGUAAGCACGUGCGACUAGGAGAUGUGGUUAUUGCCGCCUCGCUGGCUGCCGAUUUGAACGCCGUUUCUGUACAAUCAUCCCAGAAGCCUUACUGCUACGUAUAUAACAAUCAAGGUGACGUGAAAAAGUACUACCCGAAGAAUGAUGAUUUGCAGGCGAUUGGCCGAUCGCUGGUGCACAGUAACAGUGACACGAGAAAACCGUGGGUCGACUACGUGCGCGAAGGGUUGCUGCACUUGAGCGGACGGAGUGAAAAUGAUUUCUCGCGGCCGGACCCGAGCACCGACAAGCUGUACAUGAACAUUGGUAACAAGGACGUUAUCCAGGUUGCACAUCCGGUGGCACUUCAGGAGGAAGAUGUAGAUGGGGCGGACAGCGUGGCUCAGUCACGACUCCAUCUAGGUCCGAUUGGAUCCGGCUAUGAUCUCGUCCGGUCGGACAGUGCCCGCACGGAGUAUGCACAAGCGCACGGGCUAUUGGCAACCGAUGUCGAGAUGAACUCCGUACUCGACAGCAUUGUUGGCAACUGCCGCGACAGCUUUAUCCUUGUGAAGGGCAUUUCGGACUACAAAGACGGUACGACGUCCAAGAAGUGGCAAAACCAUGCCGCCCUCGCUGCAGCCGCUGUUAUGAAGACGAUCAUUUGUGCCAUGGAUGCGCCGAAAAUAUAAGAAGCACAUACAGCAAUUAUACCAACCGGUAAUGCUGAUGUUUCCAAAUUUUUGGACCCAACACCUCAUCCAGUUGAAUUGAAAUAUUAUUCGUAUCUACGCUUGUAGCGUACCGUAGUCGGUACUCUUCGAUCCCAAAACUAAACAAAGCAUGAAUAGGCGAGCGUAUAUGGUAAAUUUUCUGUGGGUGGAUGAGGAAUCCUGAUGAAUGAGUGUACGUGUGUUGGGGCUGUGAAUCGAAACAAAGCAAACCAAAAACCA